AUGAAUAUCAGUCAAACAAAUUCAUAUGGCAAUGGGCUGCUGUAUGCAGGCUUCAAUCAAGACCAAGGUUUGUAUUCAUACUAUCGAGUGACGGAUCGGAAACAGCUCAGACUGAGCUCAAUCUUUACUUCCUUUAAAAGGUUGCUUUUCUUGUGGUAUGGAGAACGGCUUUAGGAUAUACAACUGCGAUCCGCUGAAAGAAAAAGAGCGUCAAGGUAGCGUAAACAUCUAAGCGUCUAUGACAUGCCUGUGGCAUUAAUUUUGGUGGGAAUGACAUGUUUUCAGUUUCAUCCACAUAAUAUGCACGUUAGAGGUCAAACCCGACUUGUAAGCUCCCGAAAUUAUAUCAAAGAAUCUUUAAAAUAAUGUUCACUGGUUUGCGGUAGUAGCCUUUCUGAUUUUCUUCGUAAAGUUUUAUAGGAGAAGACUGACAAAUACAAAAUUAUUGCUUUGUAAUCGGUUUCAAAUCAUAGUCAUUGACUCCUUCACCCAUGAUCAGGAUAUUAGUUCUCUGCACUGUACUAUAACGGGCAAUGACUUAAUACAUUACUUAUAGUACAAGAUUAAAGAAUUUUGUGUAAAAUUAAAAAACAACCUCCCCAAAUUAACAUUUUCGUUUCUUAUUGUCACUUGAAAAUGUAUUAUUAUUAUAAAUUUCCUUCUGGUCACUCGUGGGAGUGACUGGUGAAGCUAAGAAAUGCAUCUGAGGGCAGUGGGUCACUUUGACUGUGAGUAGUAUCCACUGGGGUAUCAAUAGACUGUCAAUCAGAGGAAGACUAUGCUGGCUGACUAAUUGUUUGCCAAAAAUAGGUUAGGGUGAGGGAACAAAAAUGUUGUGAGGUACCUUGAUACAACCUGACUAAUCUGACCUCAGGUGGGAGCUGUGAAUUCUCAAUGGUCUCCAGGAGUAAUGUAAAUACAGCACAAAAUGCCAGCAGUAUUGCAUUUAGUUUUUUUGGUGCUAUAAAUUAUUAUCACUAUCAUUAUUAUUUAUGUGCUGUAGUAUAUAUCACUAUCACUUUGUUGGGCUUUGUGGUGCAUUUUGCAGGUUGAAAUAGAGAGUUUGGUGCUUGCAUGCUGUCAUGAUUUGUCAGACUGUUUUUUUUUCCAGUUUUAAUUUUCUUAAUGCCCUCCAAAGUUGUAGUGAUAUUAACACAGUUUAUUUUCUUGGCUAUACAUGUAAAUAUGUUUUGGGCCCUUCUUGGUCAUUUAAACCCUUGCCUAGUGGUUUGGGCUAGAACAACUCUGAGUCAGGUCUAAAACAUAUUUCAGCCCAGAAACAGAAACCUUAUUGAUUUAUCAUUUUAAUAUAUUUGUAUGAUUUCAAUCUAUGGCUCACUCUAAUUGAUCAAUCAUAGGGCCUGAUUCUCUAUAGUCAUGGUGUGAUUCUUAUGUCAUGCCAAAAGACGAAAAAAAAAAAGCUUAAUCCCAUCCUGAUAAACGUCAUUACUGUAUGAAGAAUACUGGUUCAGCCUCUGUUAGUCAUGUAUUAAGAAAUUAUAAAUACUCAAUGAAUCAGAAUUUUAAGCGCGAAUUUUGAGCGUUUAGCUGGUAAAUUGCUUAAAAUUUUACUAUCAAUUACAUUCUAAUAAUGCACAGGCAGAACCAUUACUGAAUAAACUGUGCUAUGAUUGAUCAACUUCAGAUUUCCCAGAUGGUGGUAUCAACUAUGUGGAAAUGCUUUUUCGAUGUAAUUAUCUGGCACUUGUUGGAGGCGGACAAAAUCCAAAGUAUCCAAAGAACAAAGGUGAAAGAUUUUAUUGACAUCAUAAUUCUUAUUGCUCUAAUCCUCUGGUUAAAUUAUCUGAAAAAAAAAUCCCUUAAUUGGUUACUUUGAUUUCAUAUAAGGGGCAAAAUUACAUUCUUGUGACAAUGAUUCAUGUACAUGUAUUUUCCAUGUGAUUAAGUGUUCAUUUAAAUUUGUACAAUGUAGAUGUACCAAUUUCUUCAUUUACAGUAACUCACAGCACAGUCAUGGCAUUGUCUUGUUAUGACACUGACAUAUGAAUGGAAUAAUGUCCUUUUCCCCUAAGCAUAUACAUGUAUAUGCUUGUAUGCAAUAUACAAAGAGUUACUUAUUGUUUUUAUUUAACUUAAUAGUGAUGGUUUGGGAUGACUUGAAAAAGAAGUGUGUCAUAGAGUUGAAUUUCUCUAGUGAUGUCAAGGCAGUGAAGCUUAGAAGAGACAGGUUAGUGAUUUGUUAGCUUGCUAAUGAGCUUUGACAGAAUUUUAUCCACAUGACAUGUGAUCUCACUCCAAUUUUCAUAUAAUACAAUGUGCUUCACUAGAUUGAAUUUAUUGGUUUUUGAAUGCUGCUGCUCAUAAAAGCUAUUUAUCAACCUUAGUAAUCUGACCAAUGACACAGGAACUUAUCAGUUGGCUUAUAUUUGAUCACACUAAAUAUUCAUGUUAGAUUUGGUUUUGGGUUGAUACCACCAGAGAAUCAAGCCCUUACCCAAACCUGCCAAUAAUCUUUACAAACAUUAUUUAGUGGAACAAAAUGUUAUAUUUGGUUGUGGGUUGAUGCCACUAGAGAGUCAAGCCCUCAACCAAAUCUUUCAAUUAUCUUUACGAACAUUAUUUAGGGGAACGGAAAUUCUUAAUAAACCUUCUCUUAACACUUGUUAUUACCAUUUUUUGUCAUGCUGAAAUGAUUAUGUCAUCUGAACACAGGGUUCAUGGAAUUUUUUGGCGUGAUUUGUAUUCUAAAAUUGUCUUUGUAAUGUUUCUCAGGAUAGUAGUUGUGCUGGCAGAGCUUAUCAAAGUCUUCACAUUUACACAGAAUCCUCAACAACUUCAUGUGUUUGAGACAGCAAUUAAUCCCAAAGGUAUGAAUGUCACACUUGAAUGAGAAAAUUCACCUUUUCAGUAUUAGUUUUUAUGUGUACUGUCAGGUGACUUCUGAUUUAAACAAAAAGUGAAAGUUUGACAAAAUUCCUGAUAAGAUACAUCACUGUUCACCAAACUGGUUUGAUUAUUCCAUGCCACAACACUUCCUGUUACAUUCUUUGCAUCUACUUUGGGGCUUACAAAAUAACACCUUGCCUUAUAAAUAAUCAAACAUAUGAUGAAACAAACUAGUCAAUUUUGAGUGUUGAAGUGGUUUGCAACAUUGGAAAAUUAUUUAAAACAAAAUGCUGAAGCUGAAGUUUGUACACAGGUAGUGGGUGGUUGACUCAAUGUCCAAACUUUUGCAGUUUGUUUACAUGUGUGAUACCAAAUUUGGCCAAUCCCUGUUACAGUACCUCAGGAUGAUAGAAUGUCAUUCUUUUUCUCCUUUCAUUCUUUCUUGCUCCUUAGUUACAAAACAAAGUUUUAUUUUACUUAGCAGUGAUCUCUUGUUUGAAGUGUGUCCCAUUAUCAGAUUAUCUUUGAAUUGAGUUGUAUUGAGUGAGUUCAAUAGAGAAAGAAAGGGGGUCAUUUACAAACCAGUUUAAUUUUUCAAUGUGUGAACCAAGUUUCUAUACUUUCCUUUUUAAUGCUGCUCAAGGUUUUGUGCAAAUACUCAAUAGAAGUCAGAGUUCCUUUUGGAUACAUAAUUGAUUAGCUACAAAGGACUACAUGUACUUCUAGAUGAGGUUUACUGAAGUAAAAUUCAGGAUUUUUCUUCCCUUGUAGGUUUGUGUGUCCUUUGUCCAAGCAGUAACAACUCUUUACUAGCAUUUCCUGCACGUAAGAUGGGACAUGUUCAGAUUGUUGACUUGGCCAACACAGAACGUGCUCCACAAGAGAUUGCUGCUCAUGAGGCUGCACUGAGUUGCAUUGCCAUGAAUUUACAAGGAACAAGACUAGCAACAGCUUCUGAGAAGGUGUUAUAUCUUUCCUGUAAUAUUAACUGUGCUGAAAAGAUCAACUUUUUGUUACUCUGUGUCAACUGUGUUUUCAUAUAUUGCUCUAUAUAUUCCUCUUUUUGAUCAGCAUCAAACUAAAUUGAUUGAAUUGCGUACACAGCUGCAUCCCAAAAAUGUUUCAUAAACUACAGUAGUUAUGCAAGGAGCUUGAUAUACUCUCUUUUGGGAACAAUGUUUAAAAUUCACUUUGACAUAGCUUGUCUUUUACAUAUUGUAGACACUGGUGUAAACCACUGGCUGCUUCAGCAAAAUCAACUGCUUUUAAUCAAUAAAAAUAAAUACAAGAUACUCAUUACAUGCAGCAUACUGCUGGUCAGUAAUUUUAAGAUUAGUAUGAAGUGCAGGAAUGAGGGGGUUUCACUUGUAUGUGUAUAUUUUUUGGAACUGUCCCAUUUUGGAAAGAGAAUUUGAUGAUUACUGUCAAUGCAUAAAGGUACAACAGCUUAUUGUGCUGAGAUUCAGAAUGGAUUUUCAAGAAACAGUGGUAAAGGCUAGUCAGCGGAUAAUUUGGUUAAUAAGUAAUUUUUUUCUUUUACUUAAUCUUCUCUACAGGGAACUCUGAUAAGAGUUUUUGAUACAAGUAAUGCAGUACAACUGCACGAAUUGAGACGAGGAUCAGGAAGUGCUAAUAUUUACUGGUAAAAAUGAAGAAAUAAUGCUUUUUAUGUAUGUGAUUGUCUUUGAGAGGGCAGUCCUUAAAAGGACUGUUGGUGGUGACAAUCACUUUACAUUAUGACAACCUGAUGGAAAUCUUUAUUAUGAUAUGGUGACUUCAAUGUUGACUUCAGCCAAUCAGCUGUUGGCAUGUCACUUGACUUUUGCACCACUCAGUCAGGUUGAUGAAUGAUGUUCACCAUUCUAAACCCCCAAAUCAUUUUGUCAAAUUUUCCUGUCAAUUAAGGUCUGUGGUGCUAUUAUAGUAAACAAAAUAUCACAUGGUUGCUUGUUUAUGUAGAUAUGGAAUUUCUCUUCUUGUGUUCAACUUGAUAUCUCACUCAUACUCUCUGUGUAUCAAUGAUAAGAUGCCAAAUAGAGAUUAGUGUAAGCAGCAGCAGGUAUCAGGUGUGGCUCCAGAGGUUUGGAGUGACCUGUUCUCCAACAAAAUUUGCCAUAGCUCAGAAAUCAUUACUAACAUAUUUCAGGUGUGCAUGGUUUUCUGUGUUUUACAGUAAUGGUGUUCGGCUAAGAAUAUAUGAAAGUUAUAUAUUUGAACUGCAGAUAAAGACGUGAAUGAAAGUGAUCCCUGCAGUAAUGUGCACUACUUGAGCAGUAGUGAAAAUAAGACCUGAAAAAAAUUCAGGCCUGUAUGGGGUUAGAAUAAAGGGAAUAAAGGGUAAGAAUAAAGGGAAUGAUUGCUAAUUGAACUAACAUAAUGACCAGCUCCCAGUUGGUUUGUUAGCUCAGUUGGUAGAGUGCUGUACUGGUGUUGCAAAGGUCAUGGGUUCAAAUCCUGUACAGGCCUGAAUUUUUUUCAGGCCCUAUUUUCACUACUGCUCAAGUAGUGCAGAUUAGUGCAGGGAUCACUUUCAUUCAAGUAAUGGUAGUGUUGUAAGAUAUCGACAGCUUUCAUUUCUUUCUUUCCCUUGAGUAAUACUGCUGAGUGAUUCAUGGAGAUCACAAGAAUAAAGGGAGUGAUUGCUAACCUAAGAAGCUUUGACUGAUUAACUAAUCCUCCUUGUCGGUACCAUGUAGAAAAUUUAUGAAUCUAAGAGUGUGGAGAAUUUGGAUAACUAUGUCAUAGUGUAAAGGGCUAGUUCAGACAGUAAAUUGAAAUGAUUAUGGUUUAUUAUUUUGCAUUAUUUUGUGUGCCAUUUUCUCGAUGAUUUCAACAAUAGUAGAUAACAAAGAGUCUGUUUUAUUUGUAGUAUAAACUUCAACCAUGACUCAGAACUUUUGUGUGUAUCAAGUGAUCAUGGUACAGUUCACAUCUUUGCCAUUGAAGAUCCAAAGAAAAAUAAACAGUCAAGGUAAGGUCCUCUCCCUCCAAGGUAAAUUUUUUAGAUUAGCUCUAAGCAUGUACAUGUGCUUCACAGUACACAUAGAUUUAGAAUAAAUACAUAAAAUUCAUUAUGCAAGUGGAAAUCCAGUCUGAGCUAAGGUCCCCCCCUUGGGAUUGGAGAGUUGUCCUGGCAUACAGGUGUUCCCAUCUGGGCUGGCAAUUCGGUUUUUUAGUGGGAUGUAGAAAUAUUGAAGUGACUUUCACAGCUGCUGCAGAUUAUCCAGGGUUUGUAGCAUGAAGGAAGGAGAGCUAAUGCUAUUUUUCCUGAGAGGAAUGGUACACAUACAUUAGUUUACCAAAUGACAGGUGAACCCUUGGUAAGGUUCCCUUACAGUUCACUGUGCUAGUAUUGUAUUUACCAUAUACUCAUGAGCAGUUGUCUUUCUUAUGAAUUCUGAGACCCUGGCUAGGAGUUGAGCCUUGACUUGUUGAUGUGGAAGCCAGCACAUCUUCUACAUUCUCCACCUGUUACUAAUCCUCCCUCCACCUGUUACUUUGCUUAGUAUUUUACAAAAUAUACAUUUACAUGAACAGUGUAUACAGCUCUGGUAUAAUGGUAUUGGAGCUCAACAAUUUUGCCAGCGGCUUAUAUAGAGAAAUGGCUUUGGAAUUGUUAUAAGAUGAAUUUAUAAUGUUGUAUAUAUUUUUGAUUUUCUUCUGAGCUAAAAUCACAUCUGUAAGCCAUGCAAUAAGAAAUCACUGUUCAUGGAUACAUGAUAUAUGUGCUGCACUGCCUGUGUUCUGAAUUACAUAAUUUUUUUCCUAAAUUAUUUCCUUUUUUUAUGUCAGUCUUGCCACAGCCCACAACUUUCUUCCAAAAUACUUCAGCUCUAAGUGGAGCUUUUCAAGAUUUCAAGUUCCUGGUGACCCACACUGUGUUUGUGCAUUUGGAAGUGAAAAAAACACUGUCAUAGGUAUGUUCAUUGUUCUUUUUAAUAGAAAGCAAGGGACAUACAUGUAUCGCAACUUCAGAUACAUUUAAAAUACUUAGGAUAGGCUGUCACUGUACAUGUACACUGUGCAGUCUUGUUUGGAUUGUAAGCCUCAUUGCUCUGCAUGUGUGGAAUAGUUUAUAACUUAGUUACCACUUAUGGAAUAAUUUAUGACUAACGAUGUAGGUCUGGGUUACUUGAUGCUUCUCAGUAGAAUGGUUUUUAAGUGUCAUGAACUCCUUGGACAAAUUCACUUAAACAUCAGCCAGCAUUGGAAAUUCAUCUGGCAUUUCGAUAGUCACAGGUUGCAAUCUCGUGAGAAGCUGCAGGAAUUUUGCUUGUUCAAGUAGACUUACAAGUUUGGUAACAUUGCUACUUUUUUCAGUUGAUAAUUUGUUUUGAUCAUCCGUUUCUUUUGUUGAUUUCUCCGUAGCUAUUUGUGCAGAUGGCAGUUAUUAUAAGUUUGCUUUUAAUUCCAAAGGAGAGUGUUCACGAGACGCCUAUGCACAGUUCCUUCAGAUGACAGACGGAGAUUGAACCACUCGCUCAUUCAAUUAGUUUCUAUUUCGAAUCUUAUGCUGUUACGAACGAUCACUCUAGGAUGCAAAAUAUAUUUUUUAAUUAGUAGUUAUGAAUCACCUUUUUCCAACUUUAAUGGGGAAUGUUUGAUGCUUGGCAUGAUUGGAAAGAAAAUUAUGUACAUGAAUACAACAAAUGGAAAGAACUGAAUGUUACCCCAAGCAAUUGGUAAUUGUAGCACUUCUCGUAUUUAAGUAACACUUGUAAGCUAUCUCUGGUUUCUAAUAGUAGUGUCGCACUUCUUUACCCUGUAGCUCACGAGAAAUUUGAAAUUAUUUCAGUAAAAGAUAAUAUAUAACUGGAAAACAAUUCCUGUAUUAAUAUUAGAUACUAGCAUCAGUAAUGGAUUGCUUUGGAACAGUGUUGACAGACAACCGUUUGGAGGACAUUUUUCAGCUCUAAAACCUCGCUUCCGAGCGAUGUCAAGCCCCC